AUGGAUUCGUGCAAAUUCGAUCUCGACAAUAUCCAGGGAGAUAUCUGGCCUGGCUUAUCGAAAAGAUAUCAGGAAUUCUUCUUCUUCAGCAUCGAUAAUCCUACCGCUUUCAAGCCUGUGCUGAAGACCUUGGCAAAUGAAGUUAUCACUUCUUCCAAGGGAGCGUUGAAAAAUCGUGCUGCUAUCUACAAGGUUAAAGCACCGAAAUCUAGUGGGCUGGACAUAGCCGGCUUGGUAAACCUGGCGGGUGAUAUUCUUAAAGACAUACACGAUCUCCUUCCGGAACAUGGCCAUGAUAUCCCGAGGGCUAAAGGAUCGAACGAUGCCAGCAUAGUCGGUGUUAACAUGUCUUUCACCGUCAGGGGCAUGCAAAAGUUGGACAAAAGAAAGUUCAGCAAAGACCCGUCGAACGAUGAGAGGUACGAUGACCCAUUUCUCAAGGGUAUGUUCGCGGACAUGGUGGGCGAAGGUCGUGAUGAAGCCAAUGACUGGAAUCCCGAGUUCCAAGAUGGCUCCGUUGAUGGAGUAGUGCUGGUUUGUGGUACCAAGUGUGAGGUGCAGGCCAAAACAAAAGAGCUAGCCGAAAAGUAUUUCUGCCCGAGCCACGGUGUUCGUCAUCUCUUGACAUUGAAUGGCAACGAAAGACCCGGGAAGCAAAGGGGACACGAGCACUUCGGGUUUUUGGAUGGCGUUUCCCAGCCACUCAUCAUUGGCCUUGACGAUGAAACUGCGAAGAAACCUGGAGCUAUCAAGCAACUCACUCGUCCGGGAAUCAUUCUAUUCGGACACGAUGGUGAGAUGGGGGACGAGGAAAAGUCGAGGCAUCCGGCUUGGGCCAAGGAUGGCAGUCUUCUGGUGGUUCGCAAGAUCAAACAGUUCGUGCCGGAGUGGGACAGUUUCGUGGUAAAGAAGGCUGAAGAACUGGGCUUUACCCCAGGCCAAUUCGGGGCUCGACUUGUGGGACGCUGGCAGAGCGGAGCACCCGUUCAGAGGAAUCCUAUUCAUGACAAGCCGGAGGAGGCGACAUGGAACGAAUUUGACUAUCUUCGGAAUGAUCAUACCAACUGCCCGUUUGCAUCUCAUAUGCGCAAGGCCAAACCCCGAAUUGAUAAUGACAACCGGGAUAACAACGAUAUCAUGCGCCGUAGUAUUCCUUAUGGACCAGAGCUUCGUGAUGACGAGAGAGAUGAAGGGAAGACCAAAUUGGACCGUGGUCUCAUGUUUCUGUGCUAUCAAACCAGCCUUCAGAAUGGCUUCCAGUUCAUCAGAAACCGCUGGAUCAAUGCCGAUAAUUUCCCGCUCAACAAGAGGAAAUUUACUGGCGGUAAAAAUCCGGGCCAGGAUCCCGUUGUUGGCCAAUUGGUCAAGCAUCCCAUCGAAGACGAUGACAAAGUCCUGCAGAUGGCCCUCGUCGAUGGUCACGAACAGCACAAACAGAUCAGCUUCACGCCGUUCAUUGAGUCCAAUGGCGGUGACUAUUUCUUUACCCCAUCUCUGAAACUUUUGCGUGAGCUUGCCGUGGCUCCAGCUUAG